AUGGCGACUGAUUACAAGUUUGAAGGCUGGAUGGGUGAAGACCCAAGAGCAGCUGAAGGCCACAUGGUCUGGAAGGAGUACGAGCCCAAGCCUUGGGAAGAGACAGAUGUCGAUAUCAGAAUUACCCACUCGGGCAUCUGCGGCUCAGACAUCCACACGCUCCGAGCUGGCUGGGGCCCAACCGACUUCCCCUGCGUCGUUGGCCACGAAAUCGUCGGUGUCGCAGUUCGAGUCGGAUCCGAGGCGGAGGGAAACAUCAAGGUCGGAGACUUGGUCGGUGUCGGUGCCCAGACGGACUCGUGCCAAUCCCGCGAUGGACCUUGCCAGGCCUGCGAGACUCACCUCGAGAACUACUGCCAUGAUAUGCACCUGACAUACAACACGACGUACCGAAAUGGCGGCAAGGCUUACGGAGGAUAUGCCCUGUACCACCGAAGUCCCUCACACUUUGUCAUCAAGAUUCCCGACGGUCUGCUCCCAGAGCAUGCGGCGCCGAUGCUUUGUGGCGGUGUCACCGUCUACUCCCCGCUCAAGGUCUUCGGCGCUGGUCCCGGAAGGAGGGUUGGUGUUGUCGGUGUCGGUGGUCUCGGUCACUUUGCCGUUCUCAUCGCCAAGGCCAUGGGCGCUGACAAGGUCAUCGGUAUCUCUCGACGAUCAGACAAGAGGGAAGAAGCCCUGGCACUGGGAGCCGAUGAGUAUAUCGCAACUGCCGAAGAUGAGAACUGGUCUCAGAAGCACGCUGGAACCCUCGACCUCAUCAUCUGCACUGUCUCAUCACCAAAGAUGCCCCUGCAAGAGUACUUUGACAUGCUCGGCCUCGACGGCACACUUGUGCAGGUGGGCAUUCCGGAAGAGCCCAUCCCCGUGAGUGCGUGGGCGCUCGUACCCGCACGACGCAGGCUGGCCGGAUCUCUGAUCGGCAGUCCCAAGGAGAUUGAGGAGCUCUUCCAGCUCGCCGCCGACAAGCACAUCGUUCCAUGGGUUGAGAAGCGUCCCAUGUCCGAUGCCAACCAGGCCAUUGUCGAUAUGGAGGAUGGCAAGCCUCGAUUCCGCUACGUGCUCCCAGAGAAGGAAGCCGAGGCAGAGGAGAAGACCGAGGAACCAGAAGAGAAGCCUGAAGAGAAACCUGUGGAGAAGGAUGACGACAAGGUCAAGGACGAAGAAUAA